GUAUUUGUCUUUCUCUGAUUUAUUUCACUUAGCAUAAUACACUCUAGCUCCAUCCACAUAAGACUUGUCUCUUUGGAAUCAGAACUCACAUGAAUAUGCUUUCCCUCUUCCCUUAUCCUUACCUACCUGUGGUGUGUUUUCACAGAACUCCCACCAAAGCUGGCUCAUAUGAGCUCUUCCUGGAAGUGUGCAGUCCUGAAGACAGGCCGGGCAGCCAGUGGCCUAGGGAUUUUGGAAUGAUCUCUAAUGAGUCAGGUGUUGGGGUCCCUGAGGAAAUUUUCCAGUGCAUCCUGGCUGUCUCAGCAUUUCUCAGCAGAACCCAUUGAGAAGAAGGAAGAGAACAACAUGAAGAAGAAGGAGCAGCUAAAGGAGCGCCUCAGUGCCUGGGACUGUCCUCAUGGCCCAGUUGGUUUACACAACAUUGGACAGACCUGCUGCCUUAACUCCCUGAUUCAGGUAUUAAUUAUGAAUGUGGGCUUCACCAAGAUAUUGAAGAGGAUAACAGUACCAAGGGGAACAGAAGAGCAGAGGAGAAGUGUCCCCUUCCAGUUGCUCUUGCUACUGGAGAGGAUGCAGGACAGCCGGCAGAAAGCAGUGCAACCUAUGGAGCUUGCCUACUGUCUCCAGAAGUACAAUGUUCCAAUGUUUGUCCAGCAUGAUGCUGCUCAACUCUACCUCACAGUCUGGAACCUAAUUAAGGACCAAAUCACAGAUGUGGACUUGGUAGAGAGGCUGCAGGCCCUGUAUACAAUCCAGGUGAAGGAGUCCUUGGUUUGCCUUGAAUGUACUGUGGAGAAGAGCAGAAACAGUAGCAUGUUGACCCUCCCCCUUCCUCUUUUUGAUAUGGACUCAAAACCCCUGAAAACACUGGAGGAUGCCCUUCGAUGUUUCUUCCAGCCCAGGGAGUUAUCAGGCAAAAGCAAAUGCUUCUGUGAAAAAUGUGGAAAGAAGACUUGUGGGAAACAGGUCUUGAAGCUGACCCAUUUGCCCCAGACCUUGACAAUCCACCUCUUGCGGUUCUCCAUCAGGAAUUCUCAGACAGAAAAGAUCUGCCACUCACUCGAUUUCCCCCAGAGCUUGGAUUUAAGUCAGGUCCUGAUUGAAGAAGAUCUCUGCAAUGCUGAGGAACAACUUGGAAGACAGUACGAGCUCUUUGCUGUGGUUGCCCAUGUGGGGGCAGCUGAUUUUGGUCAUUACUGUGCCUAUAUCCAGAAUUCUGUGGAUGGAAAAUGGUUCUGCUUCAACGAUUCCAGUGUUUCUUGGGUAUCCUGGGAAGACAUCCAGUGUACUUAUGGAAAUCAUAACUACCGCUGGAGAGAAACUGCUUAUCUUCUGGUUUACAUGAAGAUUGAGUCCUAAGGGAUGUUCCCUAAACCUUCAGAGACUGACAAAGUUUCAUUUUCCUUUCUAUCCCUGUAUCUGCUGACUCUUGCAAGAGAUUUUGCAGUGAGAAGAAGCCUCCUUUUCAAAUUGUGUAGUUAAACUAUAUAUAAUAAGGGGUAAUUAUCGAAAUAUCUUGAUCAGUCAGAAUAUGGCCAUAUGGCUGGGGCAGGGACCUGAGUGCUCCCCACUGUGGAAGACAUUAAUUCUUUAGUUAGGGGAGUGCGGGAGCCCAGAUGUUCCUGGGGGAGGAGAAAACAGGCCAACAAUGGUAGUGGGAGGCAUUCAGGUGGCAAGGAGCAUUGGUAGGGAAGUAUUUCAGUAUUUUACAGCAGUAUGAUGGUAUGGUAUGUACUGGCAGAAUAUGAUUUUUGUUUAUAAUUUAAAACAAUUUUAGAACCCAUAUCAGUUCUGUAAAAGUCAAGUGUUUUGUCACUGUUAUUCAUUUAUGUGACAAAUAUGUAUUGAUCACCUACUCUCCAUAAGAUAGUGUGGUAGGCACCAUCAUGAAUAAAGUUCUUUUUCUCAAAA